UGAUCAUUGUACUACAUCUUGUAUCUGCAACCUGUCUCAACAAAAAAUGUCUGAACAACCUAUCCUUGUUGGUGUGAUUGGCGGGUCGGGGCUUUACAAGCUCGACAACCUGAACUUCAUCGACACUGUCAACCCCGAGACUCCCUGGGGCUUCCCCUCAUCUCCGAUCCAGAUUGCGGAACUGCCGUCCGGUAUCAGAAUCGCUUUCCUCGCUCGACACGGAGAAUUUCACCAACAUGCACCUUCCGAGGUCCCGGCUCAAGCCAACAUCGCUGCGUUGAAGCACAUCGGUGUUCAGGCCAUUGUUGCCUUCUCGGCUGUCGGGUCUCUUCAGGAAGAGAUUGCUCCUGGUGACUUUGUUAUUCCUUCCGGAAUCAUCGACAGGACCAAGGGUAUCCGACCCGCGUCUUACUUCGAAAAGGUCGGCAUCGUCGCUCACGCAAUGUUCGGUGACGCUUUCGAUAACAACCUGUCCGAGUUCUUGGCCCCGAAGGUCAGACAAGUGUUGGAAGCUCACCCCGAGGGCAGCGUCAAGUUGCACGAGAAGAAGACUGUCGUUGUCAUGGAGGGUCCGGCUUUCUCGACCCGAGCUGAGAGCUUGAUGUACAGGCAGAUCGGCGGAGACAUCAUCAACAUGUCUACUAUUCCCGAGGCCAAGCUCGCUAGGGAGGCCGAAUUGAGCUACGCCCUUAUCUGCACUUCGACCGACUACGAUGCCUGGAGGGUUUCCGAGGAGCCCGUCACCGUUGCCGAGGUCGUCAAGACCCUGACCAAGAACGCCAACAUUUCCAAGUUGAUCACCGUCGAAUGCCUCGAUGCCGUACACCACGCCGUUGCCAAGGGCAAGAUCACUUCCGCUGCCAAGGGCGGCAUGCAGUACUCUAUCAUCACCAAGCCCGAGGCUUGGCCUCAGGAGAGCAAGAAGAAGCUUAGCUACAUUCUUCCCGACUAUUUCAAGUAGAGCGACUUCGUCAUAGAUGCUAACAGGCCAUACCAUUAUGCUUGUAUGACAUGAACUAUAGAUACAUGACCUGCAUUUCGAAAAGAUA